UUGCAGUAGUUUGAGGACCUCUCUGGUAGCACAUUGUCUUAGUCACAGCGCCUUUCGCCCUAGCUGCAUGACGGAACAGCCCUCGUUCCAAUUAAGUCCUACUACAGUCCCAAGUUGGAUGGACAGAACUUUGGUCAGCACGUUGGAAUUUCAAUGCAAGUGUCGAAUGGAGCCCUAAACCACUUAUGGAGUACCCAGGAAACGGCUAGAAUUGAUGUUCUUUUCAAAAAGUUCUAGAAAGGCAUCCUCUGGUCAACAUGAUAGGAAAUUGGGUUUCCCAUAGAUCUACGUCAGUUCUUGGAAUUCGCACACCUACAGGAUAAUUAUUCCUGCAAAAUUUCCUUUCAACUUCUAUAGAAUUAAAGAGUUCAGUUUUUCAAACAACUAUUGAAUCUAAUCUCAUCAUUUUAGAUUACAAGCAUUAAACAAAGACGAACAAAUAUACAUGAGCUGCAGGUAUACACCUAACGCCAACAUGAGUACAAGCACUAGAUUUGACUAUACAAUAAAGAUAAUUCUGUUGGGAGACCACAGUGUUGGCAAGAGUUCUCUCCUCACACAUUUGGCGGGAAUUCAGGACGCUAAAGACAUGAGUUACAGGUGUUUGAACUACAGGCCCAACAGUCACGUGGAACUAGCCAUGUGGAAAAAUGGGAAGAGAGUUCUAGUAAGGAUAGUGGACACCGGAGGACAAGAAAGAUUUCGAAGCAUCACAGCGUCUUUCUACCGCGGGACUCAGGGCUGCCUCUUGAUGUUUGACGCAGAGAAGAUUGAUUCCUUUAGGCACGUGUAUACCUGGCACGCAGACCUGGAGACCUACACCAACAAACAUCCGAUGUCGACAUUUCUAGUUGGGGUCAACACACAAUCACAGUCCAAAGAGGUGACAACCGAGCAAGCGGAGCGUCUGGCCACUCAGCUGGAAAUGCAGUUCCAUGAACUCUUCCUGAACAAGAAGUCCAAUGCGGUGGACAUCAUCCACGCCAUGCUGGACAAAAUCAUCAUUCAUGCUUCGCGGCUGCCUUCACUGACCAUUGACCUCAUCCCCCAACAGAUCAGGCCUCUGUUCGCUGACCAGGCAAGGAGAUCCACAAUUUUGGAUCAGUCUGAGAAGAAAAUAUUCCAAUGUUCCUGCUGACAUUUGCAUUGUAGUGCCAGAUCUAUAUCUAGGUGCAAACAAAUGUAAAGACUAAGAUCUAGAUAGAGGUGCAAACAAGUGUAAAGACUAGAUUUAGAGGUGCAACCAUGAAGGUACAGUUUCUGGGAAAGUAUCUCAAACAUUUGGACGAAAAUUUACGAACUGUAAAUUGUGUGUGUGUCUUAAUUUCUAGUGAAUUAAGCCAUCACAACGAAGCGUAUUCCAAGAUUACCUCAUAAAAUAAAUGUAUCUUAACAUAUUAUUUUUCUUUCAUUGCAUUUACUUGAAGGAUUUUACUGUUUUUACUUUACACAUUAGUUAAUAUUUAAUUAGUUAAUAGCUAGAGCAUGAGUAACUUAUUUACAGUGCCGUAACUAGACUUCAAAACUUCCUAAGCUAUUUGAGAUAUGGAGACCCAAUAUUAUGUCCAGAUAUUAUGUCAGUGUUGUGUAUUUCUUGGGGGCUCAAAGCUAUUGUUUGUGCUGCUUGUAGGUAAAUUAUAAUUCAAAAAUGAAUAGCUCUAUAAUUUUAACACUAUCACAGUGUGUAACAGUUGAUCUUUGUUUCAAAUCUCCUUUAUUAGAUCUAGUUAGUUGCCUAUUUGUUCUAAGUCAAAGAGUGCAAAUGUAAUGCUUUCUAUAGAAGCUGUGCAGAGAAAUCUCCAAUUGAUAUUAAGAAAAGCUUCUAUUGUUUCUAUGAGAUUUAAAAAUAUUUAUUACUCUUAAAAAACUAUUUUUUUGGGGUCCGAAAAUUUCACACGUCUGCUGCAAAUACUUUUGUUUUAUGGAAAGCGUUAUUUACACCGCCUCGUUUUAAAAUAUUUAAGCAGACGAAUUUAUUGACAUUAUUUUUACGCCAAGAGUUUGCCUAGCACUACUACUAAGCAUCACAAGUAAAAAAAAUUCUGAUAUUUUUCGGCUUUAAAAAGCGAGGCUUUCAAAAUGGGACAAAACAUUCAUCUACAUCCUUUUUUGUGUGUGUAAAGAGUUGAUUUCUUGUCUCUACAGCAUCCAGUGAUAUGUUCCCCUGAUAAUCUCGUUCCAAUUUUCAAUGAUGUUCAUCGGAGUAUCUUUGUUGUCCAGUGUUCAGUGAUGUUUUUAAGAGUAUGUCUGUUGAAAGUUCAGUGAUGUUCCUCAGAGUAUGUCUGUUGAAAGUUCAGUGAUGUUUUUAAGAGUAUGUCUGUUGAAAGUUCAGUGAUGUUCCUCAGAGUAUGUCUGUUGAAAGUUCAGUGAUGUUCCUCAGAGCAUUUCUGUUGAAAGUUCAGUGAUGUUCCUCAGAGUAUUUCUGUUGAAAGUUUAGUGAUGUUCCUCAGAGUAUUUCUGUUGAAAGUUCAGUGAUGUUCCUCAGAGUAUUUCUGUUGAAAAUUCAGUGAUGUUCCUUAGAGUAUUUCUGUUGAAAGUUCAGUGAUGUUCAUCAGAGUAUCUUUGUCCGGUGUUUAGUGAAGUUCCUCAUAGUAUCUCUGUCUAAUGUUCAGUGGUGUUCCUCAAAGUAAUUUUGUUCAGUGUAAAGUGCUAUGUUCUUCAGAGUAGUUAUGUCCAACGCUCAGGGCUAUGUUCCUCAGGGUAUCUUUGUCCAAUGUUCAGUGCUAUGUUACUCAGAGUAUGUCUGUCUAAUGUUCAGUGUAACGCCCCUUCAAGCAUCUUCGUUGGGUGUCCACUCUAGCGCAUACAUCUUUAAAUCCACGUUUCAGACUAUGGCAACACGGCACCAACUAACGCUCCAAUUCAAGCUUCAACUCUUUAACAUCAAGAGAUAGCGUAUUUCACCAGCUCAUCAUCGUGCCUUCUAAUGGCAUAGACCACAACCAGCUUCCUCCAUGCGUCUCGGUUCUGGGCGUGUAUAGGCGCAACCAGAAUCCCCCAGGCGUCUCGGUUUUGGGCGCGUAUAGACCACAACCAGCUUCCUCCAGGCGUCUCGGUUCUGGGCGUGUAUAGACCGCAACCAGCUUCCUCCAGGCGUCUCGGUUCUGAGCGUGUAUAGACCGCAACCAGCUUCCUCCAGGCGUCUCGGUUCUGGGCGUGUAUAGACCGCAACCAGCUUCCUCCAGGCGUCUCGGUUCUGGGCGUGUAUAGACCACAACCAGCUUCCUCCAGGCGUCUCGGUUCUGGGCGUGUAUAGACCACAACCAGCUUCCUCUAGGCGUCUCGGUUCUGGGCGUGUAUAGACCACAACCAGCUUCCUCCAGGCGUCUCGGUUCUGGUUCUAAUGUUCUCUGUCGGCACGUGAAUUUGUGUUUUUGAAAUAUUCUUUAUCAAUUUUAAAAGAAGAGAAAGUUAAACAUCCAUUUUUUUGUGUGUAAAAAUCAAAGCUUAUAUUAAGUGUAAUAGUAUCAAUUAGCUUGGAUCAGUCAUGUAACUAAAUUUGUAAUAGAUCUAGGCUAGCAAUAAUAAAUCUGUGCAAUUAGAAACAUUUUUACCAAUGGUUUUGUUUAGCGCAUUUUCAUGCUUUUUAGCUUUCUCAAUGCGCUAUGAUCCUAUCACUUGUCUGGACCAGUUUGGACAAGGAAAGGGGGCGGGGGAGACAGGGGUUUCUGAUCGCUUUUUUAAUGCCUACAAAAGUUGUUCGACUAGAAUUAAAACUCAGGGAAGAGUUCAACUUAUACCGCUACAUCAGUCGAGUACAAUUUCAUUUCCUUGUUUGAUACCAAUCAAAAUAAUUAAUGCCAAUAGUUAAUUAACUAAUUAAAAAAAAAAGAUUCUUGUUUUUGUCAAUUACAAGAAAUAAUUGUGCAAAUUUUCAACUUGAUCCAAGAUUGAGUGUUGGAGAAAUCACGUGUAGGCCUACAAACUUUUGACCAGACAGAAAGAGUUCAUUGAAGCUUUAGAAUACAAAUUGAAUGCUUUUUUUAGUUCACGACGUGAAUUUAAUGUGCCCUUUUCGUUAUGUCUGAUUGGCUUUAUUAUUGUCAGAGUUCUUUUUAAAAAUACACUGUGUCUUAUUGCUUUCAUUUAAAUAUUAUAAUCAUAUCUCUUUUCUUUAUAUUUAAGUCUUUACAAUUCUUUGUUAUAUAUUGAACAUCCCGGUGAUAUAACUGAUGUUUUUUUGUGUGUGCAUAUAAUAUAUUUUGAAUUUUGUAUACAUGAAUGAAAUCAAUAAAGACUUCCAG